AUGCCUCAGAUCACAACGCUCCUCUUCGACUGCGACAACACGCUCGUCCUCUCGGAGGAGCUCGCCUUCGAGGCGUGCGCGGACCUCAUCAACGAGAUCUGCAGCAGCCGCAACAUCGAGCAGCGCUUCACGGGGGAGUCGCUCAUCGUCGAGUUCGUCGGCCAGAACUUCCGCGGCAUGAUGCUUGGCCUGCAGAAGCGCUACGGCUUCGAGAUGACCGACGACGAGCUCGAGACGUACGUCCGCCGCGAGGAGGACGCCGUCAUCGCCAAGCUCAAGGCCUCGCUGAAGCCGUGCCCGGGCGUCGACGAGCAGUUGGAGCAGCUGCAGAAGGGAGGCAAGUACAAGCUCAGCGUCGUCUCGUCGUCGGCGAAGCGCAGGGUGUGGGCUUCCGUGGUCAAGGUCGGGCAGGACAAGUACUUUUCCGAGGAGGAGACCUUCAGCGCGGCGACAUCGCUGCCGAAGCCCACGAGCAAGCCCGACCCGGCCAUCUACCUGUGGGCCAUGGAGAAGCUGGGCAAGAAGCCCGAGGAGUGCGUCGCGAUUGAAGACUCCAAGAGCGGCACGCUCAGCGGCACCCGCGCCGGCAUCAAGGUCAUUGGGUAUGUCGGGCCGUACCCGGAGGAGAGGAAGGCCGAGAUGGAGAAGGUGCUGCGGGAUGCUGGGGCGGUGGUCAUUAUGCAGGAGUGGAGCGAGUUCCCUGAUGUCCUGGCCAAGAUUGAGAGUGGGAGUGUUUGA